CAUAAGGCGAAGAAGACGUCGCCAUUGAAAACACGGUGAGCUGCUCGGAGUGAGAAUGGAGGAGGACGAGAUGAAGAUGAGCAAAGCGGAGCUCGAACAGUGGAUCAGACUGAAAGUAAAAAAGAGCCGGCUGCUCGACCCCGAGGUGCUGGAGAAACGCUUCGAGCUGCAGUCGCUGCUGGAGAUGAAACAGAAGAUGGCCGACAAUCUACUGAAGCUCCAAGAGUCUGUGGCAUCGUGUGAAGCCAUCGUGAGGAAACAGUACUCGCUGCUGGGAUUGGAGUACAGAGACACCGAUUCUGAUGAGGACAAGAACAGCUGUGGUGAUAGUGCCUGUCUUUCUCCAGCUGUUACCGGUCGUACUCAUCUGUCACCAAAGCAACUGGGAAGUAAGAAUCCGCAAGGAAGCAGAAAGCCUUUUCAAAUGAUGGAACCAGUGGUGGUCUUGACCAGACUGCCUGACCUGCAGAUGCUUGAUCUACGUCCACCAACAACUCCAAUGUCCAACAGUGACGAUCACAGCUUGAGCGAUGCAGAUUCUGAUGAACUAUGGGAACCAGAAAAAGAAUCCAGUGAUUCACAAGAUCCAAGUUAUAACUCUGGGCCAAAAAAGAGGAGGAAAAUUGAUCAUGUGUCUCCGAAAAAACACGAGACAAAGCAUGAGAGUGAGCAAGCCGACACUAAAACUGAAGCCGAUAGCACUGAAGCAAAAACAUUGGAACCCCAAGCUAAGGAACAGAAGAAUACGGAACAUGAGCAAGAGGAGAAAAACACAACCAAAGAAUCGUCGCCGCCUGUAAACACCAAAGUUACAGGAGUAACAGCUCCAUGCACAUCUUCUGGUGACGCCACUAAGGCCCCCCCCAGUGCUCCCCAAGUAGAGCUCAGUGUGAACAUGAAAGUCCUGGCCAGGAAGAACCCCAUGAUCUGGCAACCGGGCAAAAUCGCGGAAAUACUAACAAAGGAAGAUGGGAGGCUGAAAUACAAGGUUAUCUUUGUAGAGAAGGGGAAGAGCCUUGUGUCUGCUCACCACAUCGCCUCGGAACAAGUGUCCAGUAUUGAGCAGGUGUUCGUCGGCGCUCGUGUGGUCGUCAAGAGUAAAGUUGACCGGAACUACUUCCCUGGAGUCCUGGCAGAGCUGCCGAGCAGGAAAAACAAAAUGAGGUUCCUGAUCUUUAUCGACGACCACACUCCGAUCUACGUUCCCUUACAUGGUUUUCGCCUAGUGUGCCAACCAUUGUCGUGCCCUCUGGACGAUAUUCAAGACGACGCCCACAAGAAAUUCAUGGCGGGCUAUUUGAAAAGCUGGCCCAACACUCUGAUGACCCACUAUCCGCAGGGAGAAACCAUCGAAGCGGAACAUAAGGGCGUGCAGAAGAAGUGUGAGGUGCUGACGGUCGACAGCAGCUUGGUCCAGGUCGUUUUUAAGGAAGAUCAACACAAGCAGUGGUUCUACCGAGGCUCCAUGCGCUUGAAACACAUGAUUAAUUUGAGGAAGCAGAUGGAGUUGGAAAAGGUGAAGAAGUAAGCAGUCUACCUCAUCCGACCACAAAUGAACUUCUUCCUCUAAAACAAACCAGGCCGUAUUGUUCUCAGGUGCUAAAGGUUCCUCACUGGCUGUAAUGGCCGGAAACUGUCAAACAUGAAGUAUAAUUGUAUUUAAUUUUUGUUUUUGUGUGUGUGUGUGUGCCUUAAUAAAAACUAAUUGUUGCAUUUCAUUUAAGUUCAUUUGAUUGUUUUAAUGUUAUGAGAAACGCAGCGGCUGUUUUACAUGUACA